GAUCCGCCCACUUUAAGGAAUGUCUGAAACUGCGCAAGGCAAAAGCGACCCUCCAACCGGGGUAGACUGCUACGCUACAGUCCGGGGUAAUAAGGUUUCGGCGUCACAAAAGACAAAACAUUUCACCUCAUUUCGUUUUAAUUCAAACCCGCAGAUCCAGAACUAAGGAUAUUAACCGACGCUUAUCUGGUGGUGUGUGAUUUCAAGAACACUAAUCAACCCACGAGAGCAGGAAACCACUCAGAAAACGAGCAGAAGUUCACCGAAGUUUCUCAGUAUUCAUCAUGGAGGAGAAGAAGGAGGAGAGCGAAGCGGAGAUCCACGAACACGGACCCGAGCACUGGUUCUCCAAAUGGGAGCGCCAGUGCCUCGCGGAGGCCGAGAGGGAAGGGCCGAGCGAGGAGGAGGUGGACCAGAACCAGGAGAAACUCUGGCACCUCUUCCAGAAUUCCGCUACGGCGGUGGCGCAACUUUAUAAAGAUCGAGUCUGUCAUCAGCAAGGACUGUCGUUGUGGUCUCCAUUUCAGAACGCUGCAACAGCAGUGACUAAUCUUUACAAAGAGAGCGUUGAUGCACACAAGAGGAGCUUUGACUUAGGAAUCCAGAUUGGUCAUCAGCGACGUAAUAAAGAUGUUUUGGCCUGGGUAAAAAAGCGAAGGAGAACUAUACGAAGGGAGGAUUUGAUAAGUUUCCUAUGUGGUAAAGCGCCACCACCAAGGACUUCUAGAGCAGCCCCCAAACUGACUCCUAACCGACCACCUUCAUCAGACACAGUAUCAUCUGUAGAGACUGAUUUACAGCCCUUCUGUGAGGCCAUAGCACUACAUGGUCUAAGUGGAGCGAUGGCCAGCAUCAGCGUCCGCUCAAGCACUCCUGGCUCUCCGACUCAUGUCAGCGGCAGCUCGAAUGCAGGGCGCAGAAGGAACGGACUGCACGACGUGGACUUGAACACUUUCAUAUCGGAGGAAAUGGCCCUCCACCUGGGCAGCGCAGGCACCAGGAAGCGGACCUCGGUCCAAUGCGCCGACGUCAUCACAGACUCCCCAACCCAUAAACGCAACAGAAUGCUCUGAACUCAGUUGUUCUGUACGCUUUGUGCUGCUUAAAAUAAAAGCCACUUGAUCCUCAACACUUGCGUUCCCUCAAAAGGAAACAAGGGGCGCAGUACACUUGCAUAUUCAGUACAGUAUGCCAUACAGUGGAGGCUAGUUCAUACCUCUCCAUGCAUGUUGACUUUUUUUCUUUUUUUUUUUGCACUCACCACACCACGUUAUUAAUUUUUGAGUUGUAUGAUGCUGUCAGUACCCAUUUUAUUGAAAACAUAUAAACUACUAGAUUACGACAUCUAAAUAGGCUGUUUUUAGUUCACAAUAUCUCCUAGUUGCGCUUCCUAGUAUUGCCAAGCUAAUAACUCAAUGUUUGUUUUCAGAUAAUGGUGAUGGCAUCAGCCCAUUUCCCAUAUAUUUUCAGUUCUCCUUUGCACUCAUUGAAUGGCAGUUCUGUUGUGAUCAGUUUAGAAAUGUGCAAAGUUAUUAGUCAUACUUGAAACUGCUGCUGAUUUAUAUAUUUGUGUGCUCUUGAGAAGGUUGCAAUAAUGAUUUUGCACUAAUGCAUUCAGUUUUUUGUUUUUUAAUGAACCAUAUAGACAUCAAAAGAAAGGCAAGGGAAGUGAGGUUAAUGAUACAAUGGUGCAAUUGUUGACAUUUUACAUUUCAAGGCUGUUGUGAUUUGGUUUUGGGGUUAGGUGAGUCUUUGUGCUGUAAGAACGGUGUUCAGCAGAGCUUUCUCUCAGGAGAGGUACUGAAGUAGAGGAAAACUGUGUCGUCUUGAAAUUGAAGUGUCCUUUAAGUGCUUUUCAAAUCCAGGUCAGAGGAUUUGGAGAGCUGCACAUGUACAGUCCAGCUUUGUGCUGAUGUAUAGAAGUCAAGCUGGACUCUGAACCCCUUAAAAGUAGGAAUAUAUGAUAAUAUGAGCUCCGGGGUAAUGAAAGUGUGUGCUCUUUUGGCUGAUUCACAAAUAUACCACUCUUGAUUUAACAUGACAGAUUUCCGUUUUGCCCUUGUCAUUAUUUCUUGAUAUAAGAUACCCAAGGUAGAAAGGCCAAUAUUUGAUAUGAUCCUCACGUUGACACUUGUAGAUUGAGUGUUUGAUAUGUCAGGUAACUGGUGGUGGGGAAUCAUGAUGUGGAGUGUAUUUUCUGUCAAUUCCCAAUCGAACUGCUUUAUGCAGACAUAUUUAAUUACAAAUGUUGCAAGAGUCAGUUUGAUUUUUUUAAUGUAAUAUGAAUAUUGGAUGUUUGGUUAUUGAUUUCGUGACUAAUUCCAUAAACAUUUAUUUUUCAUACAUGAAAAUGGAUCUAAUAUUGAUUGCUCUGAGAAGGAAGUGUUUAUCACUGAUAGAAUUGACAUGUAAUGCAUUUUGUUAAUUUAAAGGUCAGGAAGUAAAGAUAACAUUUUGCAAAUGUUAGGCUGGAAAGUAAAAUUGUCUAGAUGAUCCAGAACAUCAUAAUGAAACCACAGUUGCCAUUUUUGAAAAAAAAACAAAAAAACAAACAAACAAAAAAAACACUGCAUAAGUUAUAGGCUAAGUUAUUAAAGUUACAUUUGUAUAUUCA